AGAGAAAAAAAUAUGAAAAAGAUAUACAUUGGCAAAACUGCCCUCAAAACACAUAGAAAUGGUUGCAAACAUCAGAAAAGAAGCUCUUUCCACGACCACAAGGACGACCUCCGUAAGCGACUGUCGUACACCACCCACAAACUAGAGAUGGUGGAGACAGAGUUUGAUUCCACUCGGCAGUACCUCGAGACGGAGCUGCGUCGGGCACAGGAGGAACUGGAGAAAUUUACAGAGAAACUACGCAGAAUCCAGAGUAGCUAUGCAGCUCUUCAGAGGAUCAACCAGGAUUUGGAGGACAAGAUGCACAGGACGUCCCAGCACCAUGAAGAGGAAAAGAGAGCCCUCAGCCGGGAAAUCAUCCUCCUCAACAACCACCUCAUGGAUUCGAAGAUCACAAUCAAUAAACUCAGAGAGGACAACGACCUGUACAGAAAAGACUGCAACCUGGCCGCCCAGCUGCUGCAGUGCUCCAAGUCUCACUACAGAGCACACAAGUUGUCUGAGCUGCCGCUGGAUUUCCAGGAACGCAUCAGUUCCCACAUGGAGAAACAUAAUCGGGGUAGCGGAGCCACCAUAGCAAUGUGCCACUCCAAUUACUCUGAUGCUGUGCCCACAGCCAUAAUUGCCAAGGUCCUGGCAAAGCCUGAACCUGGAAGCAGUUGCCCUGUGACACGCUCACCCAGCCCGCAGCCACAGGAUGGAGACUUUCUUACAGCAACAGGAAGCACUGAUCACCUGAACCGUCGCAUUUCAUAUAAAACAUCUGACCUGUACUGCAGCGAUACAGCCCUCUACUGCCCUGAACGAUGGCAAGAUAGAGAGCGCAAGCAGAGCGUUGACCUCCAUGGCACCGGUUUGGUCCAGCUACACGCCCAGAACUCCACUGACAGCAACCCAGAUGAAGAGGCCUACCAAUCCGGAAGUUUCUCCCACCAUGAGCCUCCACCCUCCUUCCACAAUCAGGAUGACUUUGGCACUGGUAGCCUGCCUGCAUCUAGUUCCUACUCCAGCUUCAGCCUUGCAUCGGAUGAGAAGGGAGGAGUUGGUGGUGGUUGUGGGCGCACUGCCAGCAGCACCUUAUCCUCUUCCCACCAGGGUCUCUACAUGGACUGGCGAGAUGGUGGCAGUGGGGACUAUGAGCGUAAAAGUAUGUCCUCUUAUGACAAAGACAGUCAUAGUUUCCCCAAGUCUCUCAGCAUCCAGCAUAUGGUGACCCCCAGGAGCCCGCAGAAGGGAAAUUCAGCAGCGUACACAAGGACUGCUUCAUGCUUCAGUGAACCAUACCAUUCCAGCACCCCUCGUCUGGCCUCCUCUCACAGCAUGGGAUCCACAAUUGGACUCGGCCAGGCUCGUGGAGGAGCUCAGGACAGCCGAAGUGACAUCCAGGUCCCUGAGGAUGACCUAAGCAACCGCUGGAGACAACUGAGUGUAGAAGACAUCAACACGUUCUCAUCUUCCUAUCGUGACCUCACAGGGCGUGUCUCUCCGUACAGUUUUUCUGAGCGCCACUUUGCCAUGGGCCCUUCCAGUAAGGCAAAGGGGUUGCUCUACAGUAGCUUCCAAGAAGGAGAUGACGUCUUCCACAGCCGUGUGCUGGACCAGUGUUUUGCUGUGGGUACCCCAUCACCCAGCCGCAGUCAGAAACCUAUGGAGCAUCGGAAGCAGGAGAAAACGUCUGUGCUGUAUAGAGCCAAGGAGGACAGUCAGGACUCUGAGUGUAGUUUGUUCCUCUCAGGGAGCUCCAAAGAGAAGGAGACUGGUGCCACGGCAGCAAGCAGUGCCAAGAAGGACUACGUAAAUCUGAGUGCAGACAGCUCUGCUGAAUCCUUACACCAAAGCUCCCUGGAAGCCUCAAGUCUUCAACACUACCCCAGCCCCAGGCCGAGUGUUCGGCCUCGCCCGAGCUCCAGCUCCGCUCUCAGUGUUGGUCCCGCACUCCCAAAGAAGUCCUCUCCAAGAUACCAAAAAUUUGGCAGCACGGGAUUGACGAGGAAGGACAGUUUGACCAAGGCACAGCUCUACGGUACACUGCUGAACUGA